GUCGGGUGCUCGGAAACGCUUUCUCGAUUACAAUCGACUGCCUCUGGCCCUCUCUCUCUCUUUCGUCAAUUUCGGUGGACUGCCUUCGUUCCAGAGCAAUGUUGCAGAGAGUAGAGAGAAAGAGAAGGUCAAUGUGGAAAAGGGCGAUGGCACUUUUUUAGCCUUUCUCUGCGGCUCUCUUGGACCGCGUUUUUAUCAGAUGGGCAGCUCUUAGAGGAUCUCAGAGCUGCAAAAGGCGCUUCCUCGUGGUCCGAGCCUCUGCUUCUCUCGCUCGAUUCUGCAGAGAGAAAGAGAGAGUGAUCGAAAGAAAGAAGAGUAGAAGACGUAGCUGAGACGGAAAGAACUAGAUGCCGAACACGACAGCCAUCGUCGACUUCAUAUCAUAGGUUCGUCAGCGCCUUCCCUGGCGUUCCGCAGCUCGGAGAGAAGGCAGAGAGAGAGAGAGACAGAAAGGGGGAAGGCGAAAUUUUCAGUGAGACUGUGGUGUCAUUUGUUCCUUCUGAUCUCGGCGAUGGCUUCUCAAUUGUUGCUGGCGUUCGUUAAAUCUUGCCCUCCAUGGAAACACUUGAGACUAACCCUCACUUAUGCUUGUUCCAUGGAUAAAUUGGAGGAUCUAUCAUAAAUUGGAGGUUUUCUUCCUAAUUCUGCCCAUUUUAAAUUCUUGAUUUUCUUGUGAUUUGUCGUAGCCGUACCUUUCAUUUUGGUUCGUUGGUCGUUCCUGAGUGUCAUCCAGCACCUGGCAUUUGCACUCUGAAAGUCCUUUAAAUCUUGUCCUUCAUGGAAACACUUGAGACUAACCCUCACUUAUUCUUGUUCUAUGGAUAAAUUGGAGGAUCUAUCAUAAAUUGGAGGUUUUCUUCUGUGUGAAUUCCAUACGAAAAUAGGCCUUUUGUGAAACUUUUCCUUGGAGAUUUUCGUUCUCUUUUUUUCUUUUUACACUGAACGGCCGAUUUCACCUCCUGUGAAAAUGUUCGUCUUCUUUGUGUUUAAUCUGAAGUUCAUCAAUAAUUUUCGGUUGUGUCUCCCUGUUUUACCUUUCUGUUGUUUUUUCUGAGCUUUUUUUCCCUUCUGUGACAAAGCAUCGAAUUGUUUGUUUCUCAACAGUUGUGAUCGUUUUUCCAUCCAGCUACAAUUCCUCGUGACGAUUGUCUUUUUCUAUAGCCGAAUUCUUUCGUAUCUUGAUUGAUUUCCCGGUUUCAUGUUCAGUUAAUUUCAGAGCGUCAGUUUCCGUCAAUUUAGGGGUUUAAAUAAACAACCAACGCUUCCCCACUAGCAGUAGGACCUCAGAGAGAGAAACAAACAAAAAGAGAGGGGAAAAGGACCACUCAACAAGGGAGAGCUCCAUUUUUUCCGAUCCCCAAACGGCCAAUUCCCUCUUUCUUGAAAAACCCACAUCAAUUCUUUCCACAGAAACCAAGAAGGAAUAUAAAAAGGGAGGGAAGUUGCAGAAAAGUGUAUGCAAAAGAGGAGAAGAUCGACGCUUGUAGACCAGAUGGCCGUUCUCCAGACGUUCAAUUUACGCGACUUCCUCCGGCUGCCGGACGACGACCCUGCCCGCGAACGCCGGACGCUCGGCUCCGUCCUCAAGAUCGACGACGCCCGAAGCCACCACGGCCGCAGCCUCAUGGACGUCUUCGACAGCGACGGGUCGCCCAACGGUCACCGCCUCGGGUGGAAGUCAUUCGUCCAAUGCCUCGGGUUCCUGCGCGCCUCGGCGAUCCCCUGCCACAUUCCCACCGGCCGGCCGGCGGCAGACGAGGCUGAGACAGCGGCGUCACCGGAGGCUCGGCCGCGGGCGGAGACGGUUCAGCGGACAAGCGUGAGCCUGGCAACGGCAUUAGCGGCGGAGACGGAGAGGGAGGACCCCGACGUGGGCCCGGCGGUCGGGGACGGCUCGGAGCCAAUGAGGAUGACGUUGAUGGCCUUGCUGGAGGCGUCAGAAGGGGAGGUGGUGAUGGGGCCAGCGAGCUCUCUGGCGGCGGCGAUGCUGAGAGAGUGGGUGGCCAGCGGCGGCAAGGACCACGCCGGCGACGGCGAAGGCGACAGAGACAGCGCCGGCGAGAAGGGGGGCGAGGGGCACAGUUGCUGCGUGUGCAUGGUGCGGCAGAAGGGAGCGGCCUUCAUCCCCUGCGGCCACACCUUUUGCAGGGAUUGCUCCCGCGAGCUGUGGGUGAACAGAGGCUCCUGCCCUCGCUGCAACGUCUUCAUCCUCGAGAUCCUCGAUAUCUUCUGAGUCUCCAGCGUGUGGCGCCUCUUCAUUGGUCAAGUCUACGCCCUCCAUCCACUGCGAGCUGCUUCUUCUUCUUCCUCUUCUCUUUUUUGGCUCUUUUUCUUUUCCACCUUCACCUUUUUUAGACCAGUCGCUUUCAGUCGACAUGAACGAAUGGUGGUAGAUGUAUACGUCUUCUGCCUAGCCGUCUUCCUCUGGCACUGUAUAGAUGGCGAUGGUGCCAAGGCGAGCAAAUUGGUGUAGAGAAAAUUUGAUUGUUCGGUGUUCAGAUUGACAAGUUUUGUUGGAAAACUGUUCUUUGUUUCUGGUUUCUGAAACAUAAUGAUCAACUUUCCAUUUUACUA